GCCCAGCCAACCUCGGACCUCAGUUGAGUUUCUCUUUCACUUAGCGAUCGAUCCGAUCCCUGAGGUCCUGCACCUAGGACACUGCCCAAGUCAGGGAAGGAGGGAAGGAGAAGGGGGUCUGAGCGGCAGGCUGCUGGGCGCCCGGGCAUGCUGAGGUAAGAGGAGCAGUUUGGGAGCCUAAGGAGCAGGGACUCCGUCUGUGAGCAAGAAAUGGAGCGACAGGGCUGGAGUGGAAGAGAUCGGCUGAGAAACAUCUGCCCACGGGGCUGCAGAUGGACCUCCGACUACAGAAAACCGUUUGAACGGAUAUAUAAAAAAGCAUUCUAUUUCUACUUUCGGAACCUACAAUAUGCCCAUGGCCGGAAUAAUACCUUCCUGUGCUGCAAAAUAAUCAGAGAGCGGGACAACCAACUUUGGAAAGAGGUCUUUCUAAACCAGGUUGGCCCUCACAGACUCCAUGCAGAGCUCUGCUUCCUCUCUUGGUUGCAUGACAUUAACCUAUCCCUUGAUGAGACCUACAAGGUCACCUGGUAUGUGACCUGGAGCCCCUGCAAUGAAUGUGCAGAGGAGAUUGCAGAAUUCCUGACCAAUCACAAGAAUGUGACCCUGACCAUCUUCAAUGCCCGCCUCUACUACUUUUGGAAACCCGCAUUUAAGGAGGGGCUGCGAGCGCUGGCUGACAGAGGGGCCUCGGUGAACAUCAUGGACCUCUCAGAUUUUAAAGACUGUUGGAAUCUCUUUGUGUGCAACAAAACAUUCAAGCCUUGGAAGAAAUUUUAUAAAUACUAUUUGUUCCAAGAUGAAACCUUGAGUGAGAUUCUCAGAAGGGAGAUGCCGCUAAGAGAAGAAACAUUCCGGGUGCAGUUUAACAACGCACACAAGGCCCCAAAGCCCUUCUGCCGCAGGGUGACGUACCUGUGCUACCAGCUGCAAGAAGCGAGCGGAGGCCUGGUGACCAAAGGCUGCCUUCGGACCAAGAAAGGUCAGCACGCAGAAAUUCGCUUCAUUGAAAGGAUCCAUUCCAUGGCCCUGGACCAAGCCCGCAGCUACCAAAUCACCUGCUUCCUCACAUGGAGCCCCUGCCCAUUCUGUGCCCAGGAACUGGCUUCGUUUAAAAGCACUCACCCUCGCGUGCACCUGCAGAUCUUUGUCUCCCGCCUCUACUUUCACUGGAAGAGGAGCUACCAGGAGGGGCUGCAGCGGCUGUGCACAUCCAAGGUCCCGCUAGCAGUUAUGGGCCACCAAGAGUUUGACUACUGCUGGAACAACUUUGUGGACCACAAGUCAGGGCCCUUUGAGCCCUGGGACAAACUAGAGUACUAUAGUAACUGCAUAAAAAGGCGCUUCAGGCGGAUCCUGAAGUCCUGGGGUGUGGAUGACUUAACAGACAACUUCAGAAAUCUGCAGCUUGGGGGCCGGGGAGAUGGCUCAGUAGACUAAGUGCUUGCCUGGCAAGCACAAGGAUCUGAGUUCAAU